AUGAUCUUCCGAGACUCCAGCUUUUACAGGGAAAACCCAAGGGCUGCUCUUCCGACACCAUCUGAAGUUAGAGCCAUCAGCAAGAAGUCAGCUGGUACACAACACAUAAGCUUCAAUCGCCCACCACCGGUCAUGAUUUCAUCGUUAGGCCUUGUUGUCAAGUACGGCGCCGAUGUAACUGUCGUCGAGGCCCAAACCCAAUUGAUGUUGAGCAAGCACCUAAAAGGCCAGAUCCCCAUCCCGGACGUCUUUGGCUGGAUUGAGGAUGGUGGCCAAUCAUUUCUCUAUAUGUCAUUGAUUCAGGGCGAAACCCUGCAGGAGAGAUGGAGUGACAUGAAUGAAGAUGAGAGACUCUCUGUGUGCCAGGAACUCAAUCGCAUGGUGAAGGCUGAAGGCUUGGAGGGCUUUGAAGCAAGACAUCUGGGUAGGCAACCACUAAACGAGAUCGUUCUUUCAAGUCAUCCAGAAAUUACGGGACCAUUUCAAGGCACGGAUGCUGUCCAAAGGUUCCAAGAUGCUUGUGGUAUCGAAAUUUGGGAAGAAGUGCCCAUUGUGUUUACACAUCAUGAUCUUGUUCACCCGCCGUCCCGGGGCUGGCUGAAGAUAGCAUACAUCCAUACGAACAAUAACUUCAAAGCUUUGAUUAGAAUAUGCAUAACUUGA